AUGUCCCGGCGUGUGGCCACUGCGUCACCCUCCGAUCUGACGGCCAAGACGUUGAGGAGUGGCUGGCUACUUACCACAAGGGUGGUGGACUUCCCACUGACCACAGCUGCCAAGGAUGAGGCGAAGGCGGAGUUUGCACGACGUGGUUGCAUCCCAGGCGUGCUGGCGUGUGUCGACGGCACGUUGGUCGCCAUUCGCAAGCCAGAGGGAUACAGCCUGGCCGACACGGCGAGUUUCAUGUCCAGAAAGGGCUAUUAUGCCCUGAACGUCAUGAUCGUGUGCAACGCACGGCUGCGCAUCCUUGUCGUGGACCCACGAUUCCCAGGUUCGUGCCACGACUCCUGGGUUUGGGAACACAACCCUUGGCAGGGCCCUCAGCCAUGGCCCGCUCCAAGGAUAGGACCGCCUGCAGGAUGCUCUCCUGUGCUGCGGCCGCCCGCUCCUGUGCUGCUGCCAUACGCCGCGCUAGAGAAGUUAUGUGCAAGGCUGACCUUCUGA